AUGGUACUUUGGAUAAGGCUUUUUGUGCUUGUAAUUGGAAUAAGCGGAAAGAGAGCAGCAGAUUCAGAAGACAUGGCAGCCAACCGAUUAUCAACCGAAGAAAAAACUUCUAUUAACCAGGCGCAGGAGGAACUGACCACAGAAGCUGGCAAUGAUGAUGAACCGACGAUGAUGCCAGGCGUUCCUCAAGCACCGCAGAAUCGCGAUUAUGCGGACUAUGAGGAAGAGAAACGUCAAGAUCAGGAAAUAGAUUCAAAGGAACCAUCAUUCAACGAGCCGGACGAGUUCAAAAACGUCAUCUCGCCCGAUUCAGGAGAUUUGAGCUCUCUUCAGUACUUUGGCGCGAUCAUUCUCGCCUUCACUCUAGCCAGCGUGGUUAUUUUCUAUGUUUGGAGAUGGAGGGCGCAGAGAACGAACAACCGUCUCUACGAACCGACCGCUUCCUCCUUCAACAACCCAAUCAGCUUUCCUGGCACCCGUUAUUCUGAUGACUCGACGCAACUUUAG